AUGGACUUAGAGAGAGAAGAGAAGAGCCAGACAUUGACAAGAAUCAGGAAAUACACAAACCAAGUUAAGUUCGACCCAUGGUGCCCACUUAGAGCUCCAAAAGCCGAGCUCAAACAACUCCAGUUGGAAUCUCACCUGAACUAUGCACAUCGCAUCAUCCUGGAGGAUGAGUCUAGUUCUUCAAUUGAACAUCAAAGGAGGCUAAACCCAAACCUAAAGGAAGUUGUCAAGAAGGAGAUAAUGAAGCUAUUGAAAGCUGGAGUGAUUAUCCAAUAUCAGAUAGUGCAUGGGUCAGCCCUGUACAUGUCGUGCCAAAGAAAGGAGGGAUCACAGUCAUCAAGAAUGAACAUGAUGAGCUCAUUCCAACAAGGACAAUCACAGGACACAGAAUGUGUGUCGACUACAGGAAGCUGA